GUUUUCGGUGCAAAAACGCUGCGAGCGUCCAAGCCAUGGGUCAUGGAGGACCAGGUCUUUGGCUUCGGCAAGCACCGGGGGAAGCGCUUCUCCGAGGUGCGAAGCAACGAGAGCGGCUACCUUCGCUGGGCCCAAGCCUUGGGCGAGAUCUCCGGGCAGCUGAAGGUGCCGCCGACCGCUCAGCUAGCCCAAGGGGUUGCGUUGCACAGCACCAGGGUGCGUUGCGUUGGCGUGUUGCAGGGUCCAUGGUGAGAAAUGGCAACCCCAGACUCAAGAAGUCAGAUCAAGUUAAGCUUGCUCCACGCGAGGCAUGAGCUUCAUGAGCUCAAAAGGUAUGAUCUUCAAGUUGACGUUGCGCAAUCCCACGACGAUCAUGUUGCGCUGCAGCUUGCCCCCUCACCCCUCCCCCAGCUUCUUGGGCGCCAGGAUUUCGUGGAUUUCUGCGGGGUCCCCGAGGCAGACCAGGCCCCAGGGCCCGCAGGCGCAGCCACAGAAGCCCCAGCCUCUCAGGAAUCAGCUCCAGAGCCGGCGGCAGGGGCCGGGAGGGCCACAAAAACGAGCCUUUCCGCAGAAGUCUGCAGCAGGGACACCUUUCGCAUCGUGCCUGACAAUGCGGCGUACGUCCCUCAAGAGAUUUGGCGGGCGUUGACCGAUUUGGAUGGGUCCAAGCUCGGGGCUAGCAGGCGCGAGUGGUACUUUCCCCUGCCAUCAUACAGAGACGUCAUGGAGCAGCUGAAGAAGAACGAGCUUUUGGCACGCAGUGAUAUUGAGCCUUUGCCACCCUGGCUCCUGCGGUCUCUUCAGCAUGACUGGAUCGAGAUUUCGGCCACAGAGGCCAAUGCAAGCUUGCAAUCCUUUCUGACUGGCCUGCCGCCAGAAAUUGUGGAGGAGCGCCCGGUCAUGGAGUUCCAGAAGCAGGGCAUCCUCUUUGGCCUCGCGAGAGGCGGCCGCUGCCUCCUGGGCGAUGAGAUGGGCCUGGGGAAGACGCUGCAGGCCUUGGCCAUCGUGUCCCAGUUCCAAGAGGACUGGCCAGUGCUGGUGGUAGCGCCGUCGGCCUUGCGGAUGGUCUGGCGGGAUCAGGCGCUCACCUGGCUGCCGCUGAAGGAGAAAGACGUGCAGGUGAUAUCCCAGGGCAAGCAGAAGCCCUUGCCAGAGUCGCGGCUGGUGAUUGCCUCAUACGAGCUGGUCACGCGGAACAAGCACCUGCAGCUUCGGGCCGACGGCCAAUUCUACCAAGCAAUCAUCUUGGACGAGGCCCACUACAUUAAGGAUCCCAAGUCCAAGCGCACAGGUGCGGCGCUGCCGCUGUGCCGCCGGGCCCGGCGCUGUGUGCUGAUCAGCGGAACCCCGGCGGUGAACCGCGCGGCGGAGCUCUACACGCAGCUUCAGGUGCUUUUGCCUGAAGCACCAGCCAUGACCCGAUACUACCAAAGAUACUGCGAGCAAAAGGAGCAGUACUUGCCUCGAGGCAUCCGCAUCACCAAGUGGGUGGGUGCCAAGAGGAAAGCAGAGUUGAACACGCUUCUGACCAGCACCGUCAUGGUGAGGCGCCUGAAAAGCGAAGUGCUGCACGAGCUGCCCAAGAAGCGCAGGCAACGAAUCACCUUGGACCCUGCGAAGCUGGAUAGCACCAAGCUGAAGGAGAUCGGGAAGUUCCUGAAGGUCGGGGUAGACUUCGAGGAUGACGCUGGCCAGCGCCCGGAGAUCACUGAGAUCUUUAAGAAGACAGCGGAGGCCAAGGCAGAGGCUGUAGGUGAAUAUGUGGAGUACCUGCUGAACAACGAGGUCAAGUUUCUGCUGUUUGGACACCACCACGUUUUGCUCGAUUCCUUGGAGGAGAAGCUGAAGUCGCUGGCCAGCCGCUACAUCCGCAUCGAUGGCCACACGCCACAGCACAACCGCCCGGCUCUGGUGGAAGAGUUUCAAAGCAACCCGGAGGUGCAGGUGGCUUUGUUGAGCAUCACCGCCUGUGGGCAAGGACUGACCCUCACCGCGGCCCACACGGUGGUCUUUGCAGAGCUGUACUGGGUGCCGGGGCAGAUGCUGCAAGCGGAAGACCGGGUGCACCGCAUCGGACAAACGGAGAUGGUGGAUGUGCACUACUGCAUUGCCCAGGGCAGCCUGGAUGAACGUGUUUACGCUUCCUUGAACAAGAAAAGCCGGGACACCAGUGGCAUCCUCGAUGGCAAGGAGCGCCACCUGGAUGCCUCACAGGCACCGGCCCCUUCCAUGAAGGCGGAAGCAGUGGCCAAGGCGGAAGCAGAAGUGGCCUCGCCGAAGGCCUCGCCCAAGCGGAGCCCAAAGGCGACGGCGAAGGCGGCAAAGGCGCCGCCCAAAAGGGCCAAGGCCUCGCCCAAACCCAAGGGCAGGCCGAAGCGCCGGGCGGAGGAGGCCACCGGCAUCUCCAAGUUCUUCAAGAAGGAGUCAACCUGAUCUAUCACUUCUUGACUGGCAUCAAGGAGCUCGAGUACCCGGAGAGCAGCGUGGACCUCGUCAAGCCCCAUGACCUGCACAACAGAAAGCUGCACCAGUUGGCGCGGAGAGGCAAGGGCA